UACUUAAAUUCACAAGUCACAACCACAAACAUACCACAUCAUUCAUUCUCUGUAUAUCUAGUGUCAAUAAUAAUACUUACAUAAUUUUAUGGAUGAUACCAUGAACUCCUCCCCGCUCCUCCCGUUACAUGAAAAAACAGAAGGUUCGUCAAUCCACCGGUCAAUUAGCUUCCACACCCGAAUCAAAUCGAUUUUCACCCUAAAAAAUUUCUUCAUACUUUUGGGUCCUCUGCUAUGCAGUAUUAUAUGUAUAUUUGUUAAUGACCAGUUUGAUAAUUCUAGCCGUAAUAUGUUGGGGGUGCUUGCAUGGGUGUUCGCUUGGUGGCUCACUGAGGCCGUACCCAUGCCGAUAACAUCCAUGUCACCCCUGUUUCUUUUCCCUAUUUUUGGGAUUGCGGAUGCUGAUGUGGUGGCACACUCAUAUAUGGAUGAUGUCAUUUCCCUUGUUCUUGGAAGUUUUAUUCUUGCUCUUGCUGUUGAGCAUUACAACAUCCAUAGAAGGUUAGCCUUGAAUAUAACGCUAUUGUUUUGUGGAGAUCCAUUAAACCCACAACUUUUACUUUUAGGGAUAUGUGCCACAACGGCAUUCGUAAGUAUGUGGAUGCACAAUGUGGCGGCCGCCGUCAUGAUGAUGCCAGUGGCGACCGGAAUCCUCCAAAGGUUGCCAAGUUCCACCUCCUCAUCGUCGUCGAGCGAGGCAAGUAAGUUUUGCAAAGCAGUGGUUCUUGGGGUCACAUACUCUGCGGCAAUUGGGGGAAUGAGCACAUUAACAGGGACAGGUGUAAACCUAAUAUUGGUUGGAAUGUGGAAAAGCUAUUUUCCAGAAGCAGAUCCUAUAAGCUUUAACACAUGGUUUUACUUUGGGUUUCCCUUGGCCUUGUUACUCUUCUUUGCUUUGUGGGCUAUACUUUGUCUUAUUUAUUGUCCAAGAAGCUCCAGUCCAACUCUUUCAACUUACUUGGAUAAAGCCCAUUUACAAAGAGAACUUGAUUUAUUAGGUCCAAUGGCUUUUGCUGAAAAAAUGGUACUAGCUGUGUUCUCAACGUUAAUUAUUUUGUGGAUGACGCGAAGCAUUACGGACGAUAUUCCUGGAUGGGGAGCCCUUUUCAAUAACCGUGCUGGUGAUGGAACUGUUAGCGUGAUGAUGGCAACUCUACUCUUCAUAAUCCCUAAUAAAAAACAAGAAGGAGAGAAGCUAAUGGAUUGGAAUAAAUGCAAAAAAUUACCAUGGAAUAUUGUCUUAUUACUUGGGGCUGGUUUUGCAAUAGCAGAGGGAGUAAGAACAAGUGGUCUUGCAGAUGAGUUGUCUAAAACACUCGACUUUCUCGGACAGACCCCCUACUUGGCCAUUGCGCCGAGUAUUUGUAUUAUAAGUGGAGUCAUCACCGAGUUCACAUCCAACAAUGCCGUGACUACUCUUCUUGUACCGCUACUCAUCCAAAUCGCGCAAGAGAUUCAUGUCCACCCUCUUCUCCUUAUGAUUCCCGGAGCCAUUGGAGCUCAAUUUGCUUUCUUACUUCCCACCGGAACCCCUUCAAAUAUCGUAGGAUUCUCAACUGGACAUAUAGAUAUUGUAGAUAUGCUUAAGACUGGCUUGCCUCUAAAGAUUGCAGGAACACUAGCAUUGUCACUUUUGAUGCCCACUCUUGGAGCAUUUGUGUUCGUGAAGAACAAGAGUGGUUAAAACGAAGACAUAUUUAAAGAAAGCAGUAUAUAAGAUCCAGUUUUCUUAUGUGUAUCAGGAUGGAUUACUUUUUCUUUCGGCACAUUUUUUAUUAUGUCAUGUAUCAAUUUUUUUUGUAACUUUUCCAUCAUAUAUAUCGCCAAAGUAUACAUUAUAUAUGUUUAUGUUUGACUGUUUCUAUAUCAUAUAACUACUUAAAUAUCAAUUAUACCGUUACUUAGUUA